UCAAAUUUCAAACUUUCAAACACAUGUGUUAUGAGAUGAGUGCUUUUCAAAGUAAAAGUUUGCCGGAAAAGUGAGAAAAGCUCACAAUUUUCAAAUUGCUGCACCCUUAUUAUUCAUUUUGCUGUUCCUGUUCGUCGGUAUCGUAUAAUCAUGGCUGCAGCUGACAGUACGGCUGAUGUUCUCUAUCAAAAAAUGAAAGAAAACGGUAUCUGUCACAUUUGUUGUAAAAGAUAUUUAUACAAGGUGGACUCUAAUGAAAUUAUAAAUAAAAAGUGGUUUGAAGAGGAUAAAAUUUCAUCCGAUGGCGAUAAAAUUAAAUUGAAGAAGUCCAACCCUUGUAUAAUUUGUCUAGACGUUUUCAGUGAUAGCGUAGAAGAAGUUGUAGAAAAAUUGAUACAAAGUAGCGAAGCAACGAGUUACGACAGCGAUUCUUUUAUAAUUGCAUUAAUUUUACCAUCGACGUGCCAGUCAAGGGAACAAAAGGUAUACGCGUAUCUCAAAAAAGAAUUUCCACUUUUGCUCUACGAAAAUGCCAUUACUCCACGUUUGGGCAUAAAAGAAGCCUGGAAACAUCGUGUUUGCCCAUCUAUUUCGAAAGUGAUAAAUAAAACUCUGGAUUUAAAAUCAGAAUUAAUUAUUCAAAUAACUUUGGUAUGCGAAGAUGACGAAAAUGCCAACAAUAAGAAAACUAAAAAAUUUAAUUCAAUACAAACGGAGAAGAUGAAGAGCGAAUUGGAGGACUCUGAAAAGUUGAAUGUAUUCUCCUUGUCUGUUCCUAGUCAUCAGGCGUAUUGUAAAGCAGUGUCCGUUAGACGAGAAUCUAUUUUUGUAGCUGGACGCUACAAUAAAUUUUCUCGUACGCUUUCUCAAACACCUUGGAUUUUAUCCGAUGGCGAACGAAAAACAGAUACUUCGGUUGAAGAAAUAAUUUCCACUAAUAUUAAAAAGAUUACUAAAUCUUCUGAUUCGCGAUUUUCUUCUUCAGGCCGAGAAGAUAUUGAUGUUCGAAUGUUGGGAAACGGUCGACCAUUCGCUGUAGAAUUGAUUAAUGCCAGAAUUAGUAAAAUUCCACCUUCCGUGAUCAUGUCUAUUGAAAGUGAAAUUAAUGCCAUUGAUCCAGACUCCGUUUUUGUUAGAGAUUUGCAAAUUGUUGAUAGAACUGAAAUGGUUCAUUUGAAAAGUGGCGAAGAAAGUAAAACCAAAGAUUAUUGCGCUGUUUGCUUUGUAGAAACACGCGAUAAUUAUGAAAAUUUGGUAAAAAAGUUACCUUCAGAACCAUUUACUAUUCAACAAAAAACACCUCUUCGAGUUUUGCAUAGAAGAACAGUUGCCACGAGGGAAAAAACGAUUUACAGCCUAAACGCACAACUGUUGAACAUCGAUUAUCGCGAUGUUUUUACUCUGGAAUUUUCCGUAGAUGGUAUAUUAAUGAAAAUAAAUUUGAAAACGCAAGCGGGAACUUAUGUGAAAGAAUUUAUGCAUGGAGAUUUUGGACGUACGCUUCCCAGCCUCUCUGUGAUGUUUGAUGAAGCACCCGUUGAUGUUCUAGCAUUGGAUGUUACCAAUGUGGAAAUAGAUUGGCCAACUCCGGUGAACUAUGAUAAAUCUUGAGUACCUUUGAGUUGAUACUUUUGGGACUUAUCUGAGUUGAAACAUCCUUUCGUAACAGCUGUGUUGAUACACUUACUGGCGACAUGUUUUUAUGAUUUUAAGCCUCAAGUUUUAUUUGUUGGAGAUCAAAA